CGGCGCAGGCGCAGUGAGAAGGCGCAGCGCGAAGCUCCGCCCCUGGACGCGCCGUGAGCCUUGCGGCGUUCCGUAGCGGCAGCCACGAUGGCGGCGCAGAAGAUAAACGAGGCCCUGGAGCACAUCGCGAAAGCGGAGAAAUACUUGAAAACUGGAUUCUUAAAAUGGAAACCAGAUUAUGAUAGUGCAGCUACUGAAUAUGGAAAGGCAGCUGUUGCCUUUAAGAAUGCCAAGCAGUUUGACCAGGCAAGGGAAGCCUGUUUACGAGAAGCUGAAGCACAUGAAAACAACAAAGCUCUCUUUCAUGCUGCCAAAGCUUAUGAACAAGCUGGCAUGAUGCUAAAGGAGAUGCAGAGGCUCCCUGAAGCUGUUCAGCUGAUAGAAAAAGCCAGCAUGAUGUACCUGGAGAACGGGACACCAGAUACAGCUGCCAUUGCACUGGAACGGGCUGGGAAAUUAAUAGAAAAUGUGAGUCCAGAGAAGGCUGUACAGCUGUAUCAGCAAGCAGCAUCAGUGUUUGAAAAUGAAGAACGUUUACGGCAAGCAUUAGAGAUGUUAGGGAAAGCAUCAAGACUUCUAGUCCGAGGACGCAGAUUGGAUGAGGCUGCAUUAUCCCUUCAAAAGGAAAAAAGCAUUUAUAAGGAAAUUGAAAAUUAUCCAACAUGCUAUAAGAAAACUAUUGCUCAAGUCUUAGUUCAUCUUCACAGAAAUGAUUAUGUUGCUGCAGAAAGGUGUGUGAGGGAAAGCUAUAGUAUACCAGGAUUUAAUGGAAGUGAAGACUGUGCAGCACUAGAGCAACUUCUGGAAGGGUAUGAUCAGCAAGAUCAGGAUCAAGUUUCUGAAGUCUGUAACUUGCCUCUCUUCAAAUACAUGGACAAUGAUUAUGCCAAGCUUGGUCUUACCUUGGUGGUCCCAGGAGGUGGAAUCAAGAAGAAAUCUCCAAAUGCUACACAAGACAAAACAAGAGGACCUGCCACAGUGGGCUCUCAUGCUGAUGAGGAAGAGGAUGAAUAUUCUGGUGGACUGUGCUAGCUACAGACCUAUGUUAUGUUAAAUAUCUAACCUAUUUGUGAUGCUGAGCAUAUCCAAAGGUACCAGAUUUACCAGAGCUUCAUUGCAAUUGUGAUAUGGGAAUGCUAAUGUUAACUGGGCAGCUUUUGGCUACAAAAAAAGAGGAGAAAAAGCAUGUAUGCCUGUCAUCUUGUAACAUCUUUGAAUUAUAUUUCUUAUGUAGUAGGAACAUCUUCAGUGCUUUGCCUUCCAUUGAUUGGGGGAAAAAUGGAGGGAAAUUUUUAGUAAAAGCACAGUUUAAAAAGAAACCAAAAUUCUGAAGAGAAGCACAGGGUAAGGAGAACGACACAAUCUCAAAUACUGGAUUUCAAUAGCUGGCACUUUUUUGGUACCAAUAAUGUUUGUGGGUUUUUUCCAAAGUUGAAUAUAAGGUUAUUUGUCUGGAUAUUCAUCUCCUGUUUAAUGUUAUUUAAGGAGUACUGGCAGACGUAUUUUCCACUAGUAUAAUCACUAAGAGGAGCAUUCAGUUAACAAAUAUUCCCCACAGUGGAAUAUGUAUAUUUUUUAAUAUCCUAAAUUUAGCAAGUAAUAUCCAUGUGAUUGUAGAAAAUACUUAAGCCAGUUAAUAUGGAGCAGUUUCACAAGCUUAAAUGUAUAGAUGCACACAUUUCACUUCAAGAAAAUAAUUGACCUAAGUUUUUCAAAAUACGUUUGUGCACAGUGUUUAUAAUGUACACACUAGGAAUGGAUGGCAUUGGCAACCUUUCUAGCACUGUUUCUGACAGAUGUCAUAAUAAAAUAAAACUGGAAGUAGCAGGUAAUGUGCAUUGAAUAUAAACCUCUGGAGACAAUGUUUAGCAAAACCUUUGGUGGAAUGUUUCAACAGUAUGAUCAAGCUUAGUGUUUCAGGUGUUCAUUUGCUAGUUAAUAAUCUCAUCUGCAAAUAUUUUCCUUUUUUCAAAGUAUAGAACAGAUUUUACAAAUGGCAAUCCUCAAGCUAGCUGAAAGUUCAAAAUAACCAUAUUUUAGAGCAUCUUCUCCAUUUUCAUUUGAUUACAAAUUGCUGUCUUCUGCAAACUUCUUUAUUGUCCACAUUCAUUUGACCACUUUAUGCUUAGAUGUUGACAACCCUACAAGUUGCAUCUGCAGUCCUUUUUUUUCUUUUUUCAGAAGAACCUUUUCUAGACCUGUGCUAAGUUGAUGUUCAGAGCUCAGUAAGCAGUAGACCACAGUAUUAAGUGUUGAUACAUUUGUGCCACAUUAAGGAAUUGGGUGUCAUCAAAAAUAUCAAGCAUUUCAGAUGUAACUGUGAUGAAAGUAGACUUUGAGGGCUAAUACUUGGGGUGGAUAGCUUGGGGUGGAUGGCACUCAGUGCAAUGGGUACAUGAAUGACAACAUGAUUGCAGGCAUGGCUGCUGUUAAAGUUGUUACUCAAUUUAAUAGAUCAGUUAUUUCUCUUUGUGUAAUGUAUUAAGCUUUGAUUUUUUUUUAACUGUUUGAGGGCUUUUUAAGGCUGCUUACCUUUGUUCUGUACUGUCUGACAGCUAAAUUUCCAUUGUUAUUAAGGAUAUAUAUAGAAAUUUUUGUAUGUCUGUAGAAUAUCUUAAAUGAGAUCUUUAGGAAGUGAAUUACUUUUUUUUUUUUCCCAGAAUGAUUACUAGUAUGCAAAAAAGGUGGUUUUGAAGACUUUCCUGUAACUCUUCUUUCUUCACCAUUGAGGAGACUGGAGUGACAUGCUCUGGCUUCUGCUUUCUAGAUUUGUUCAAGAAAGGUCACCAUGCACUUUUUAUGGGGAGUUUUUGUGAUGUAUUUUUUUUUUUAAAGGACAUUUAGAAGCACUGGGAACACUAAGUAACUUUCUUCAAGCUUUUCCUGCUGCUUCCAAUUCUGAAAUUAGUUUUGUUGAAUGGUCCCAAGGAGUGUACUUCUUUGUGUGUACAGUUACAUAUAUCUGAGAAGACAUACAAGCAGUUUUGUAUACCGUGGAAGAACUUGCAGACUUAUUUGCUUUAGUGCUUGCAACACUAAUAGACCCUUACAAAUAAAAUUUAUGAAUUUAUGCUUUUCAUGUUGGGGGGAAAAAAAAAAAGCAAGACUAUUUUCCCCACUCCCUCAGCUUUUUUCUUUUUAGCCUGUGCCAAGUGUGGAAAAUCUGGAACAAAAGUAGCUUGUACUAAACAUGUUCAGCUGCCGUUGAAAUUGAAGGGGCUUCUUUGGAUCUUAGGAGUGGAAUCUUAAUCUUUGAUUGCAAUGUUGCUGCAAAGACCAAAUCUGCAGAAAUGAAAGUAUCUGAAAAUAAGAUGGUCUAUUUUAUAUAACUUACUCUCCUAUUUUAGACAGUGAAAGUGUGAUAGGAAUGUUAUCUGCCUUUUAGUAAAUGUUUAACUGUAGAAGAUGCUGUCUGUAUAUUAUGUGUAGGUGUUUCUAUCUUUCAAAGCAAUUUGCACACUUAUGUAAAUACCAUUUAAGUGAUUUAAAGUGAAAAUAUACCAUUUACAAUAAGAAGGUUUCUAAAAAUAACAUUGGUUGUGAGAAAAAUUAUAUUUGCAUGAAGACAGGGCAAUGAUCAGUGUAAUGUAUAUAAAAUUAGAUGCUUUCUAAAUUAUCUGUAACUUAUGACUCAAUACGCCCAAUUGCAGUGUGAAACCUGUGCUUCAUUUGUUCCUUUCCAAAAUCUGUGGUUAUAUUAGAUUAUUAAAAGUGUUUGUAACAGUUCUACAGAUGCUGUGUCUGAGAAGAGGCUGUGUUUCACCAACAUGAAAAAUAAAACUUGAAACUGA